ACGGAAGCCUCGCGCCGUUUCAAUUUCCCUCCCAAACUUCCCCCAAAUCCGCGCUCCCUCGCAACCAUUUCAACUUUCCCCGCACCGGCCCGGCCGCCUCGGUUCCGCCUCCGAGCACGCCGAGGGAGCGCGGGGCGGCGGGCGCCGUCAGCUGGGCGGGUGACCUCGGGCCUCGCCGCUGUCCGGCGGCGGCGCGCGGCGCUCGGGAACCUCGCUCGCUGCUGCAUUUUCGAUGCGAGAUGGCCAUGGAGACCUCCCCGCCGCAGUCGCCGGCGCGGACGCCGGUUAGGGCGGCGAGGCCGCGGCUGCUCAUCAAGGAGAUGGUCCUCCGCAACUUCAAGUCCUACGCCGGAGAGCAGCGCAUCGGCCCUUUCCACAAGAUGAUAGACAACCAUAAGGUUGAGCUUGACAAAACUAAGGAAGAAUACACCAAACUAAAGAAAGCACUGGAUGAACUGAGAGCCUCAGAGGUUGAUGCUGAGUACAAAUUGCAAGAUACAAAAAAAACUUGCCAAGGAAUGGGAGAUGAAGGUGAAAGAAUUCAGGAAAAGGCUUGAUGACAUUCAGACAAAUCUUGCUAAACACAUGGAUCAGAUCCAAAAGGAUGCUAUUGAUCCUGAGAAACUUAAACUGACUCUAGGUGAUGAACAACUCAAUGAUACAUGUGACAUGAAAAGGGCAAUGGAAUUGGUGGCGUUGUUGGAAGCUCAGCUUAAAGACUUGAGCCCAAACCUGGAUUCCAUAGCAGAGUACCGCACAAAGGCUCGCUUGUACAGCGAACGUGUUGAUGAGCUAAAUGCUACCACUAAGGAACGGGAUGAUCUUAAAAGGCUGUACGAUGGGUUAAGGAAGAGAAGGUUAGAUGAAUUCAUGGCUGGAUUCAACAUAAUAUCUUUGAAACUGAAGGAGAUGUACCAGAUGAUUACUCUUGGAGGUGAUGCUGAAUUGGAACUUGUUGAUUCCGUGGACCCAUUCUCAGAAGGUGUUGUUUUCAGUGUGAGGCCUCCAAAGAAAAGCUGGAAAAAUAUUGCCAAUCUAUCUGGUGGUGAGAAGACACUUAGUUCGCUGGCCCUGGUGUUUGCCCUUCACCACUAUAAACCUACUCCCUUAUAUGUUAUGGAUGAGAUUGAUGCUGCGUUGGACUUUAAGAAUGUAUCAAUUGUGGGACACUAUGUGAAAGAUAUGACCAAAGAUGCCCAGUUCAUCAUUAUAAGUCUGAGAAACAACAUGUUUGAGCUAGCCGACAGGUUGGUUGGUAUUUACAAGACAGACAAUUGCACCAAGAGUAUAACAAUCAACCCUCGGAGCUUUGCCGAGAGCAUGGAGGUAGUGUAGUGUGUAAUGUUGUGCAAUGCGAGCUUCACCUUCCAGCGCCCUCGUGGAACCGAGGUUCCUUCGGCAUUUUGAUGCGGCGUGCGGCUUACGAAGUUCAAUGCUAUUUAAAGUUAUGAUCCAGACUUUUCGAUCACCUGAGAUGUGACUGUGUAUAUAUGUAUUCGUAUGCUCGAAACGGGAUUAGGGAGUGGAAUGACUAUGCUAAGUUGCUAACCUAUUCAAGCAUUUCGUUAUUCA